GAUCGCCAUGUCUUGCCAGUCUGCGCGGACCUCAAGUUUCGGCUUCAGCACAAUGCUCUUGGCUUUCGCUACAAGUUCGCAUGGCGCACGCAAGUUACUACGUCUACGACUUGCGUCCACGACUGCCCUACCACAGAGAAUGCUUUGCAUCUCUUUUGGGACUGUGUCGUGGCCCGCUAUCAAUGGGACUUUUACCUGCGGCCGUUUCGAGAACUCAUUGACGGAGCAAUCGAUUGGCGUCUGGUUCUCUUCCCGAGUUCUAUUCGACUUCAACUCUCUACGGUUCGAGUUUAUGGAGACUAUGCACUUCAGGCUAUCUUCAAUUUUGUUCGAUGCUGUGUUCUACGGGCACUUUGGCUUCAUCGCAACAAGCGGCUGUACAACCCGUCUGUCACGACUUCGGCACCCUUUGUCAAGCAUCACGCGCUGGCCUACAUCCGCCUACAUCUACACAAG